AUGUGGAACCUUGAUUUGCGAUUUCAUCAUCGUUGCAACUAUGACAUUUCUGGUACUCCCAUUCUCCUUGGUGUAAUUCAAACUGGUUCAAAUCUUUCUUUUUCUUUAGCUCGUGCAGGCAAAACUAGAGUCCUCAUUCAAGUCAAUGAAGUGUAUUAUCGAUCGUCUCAUUAUCGUAACUUUGGAGACCGCUUCCAUCACCCUGAUUGUGACUCUUGUUCAACUAAUUUUUUAUAUAAGAUCUCCGCCAAAUUCACUCAACCGAAUUGGCAUAGUGUACAUUUUGGGGCGCUUGUAUUCUAA